AUGUUUAAUCUUGAGCGACCUUUGCGUUUAUUCACGAUUAUUUAUGAAGACUAUUAUCGAAAGCAGAGACGAAGUGUUAUCAUGAUCACGAUAACGAAACCGGUUUCAUAUUUGUUGUUUGAAUUUCGUUUGUUGUCUGAGAUUAAAAUGAAUUCUCAAAGAGCAAUGAAAAAGAUCAACCAUGUCAUGAGUGUACCAGAGAGUUUGAAGGAAUUUGUUUUCAAGAGUUGA